CCAACGUCCAUUAUGGUAGGGCUGUGUGCCGAAGCAUCUUUGAAGUUUUCCAGAUGGGCAACCCGAGUUCUUUUCGAUGGAUCCAUAUCCAUGCCAAUCCGCCGAUACUUGCAGGCGUUAAUUAAGGGGGCGCAGCACUUCGUCUUUGGACGACUGAUAUGAGGUUCGAAACCUUAUAAUGAGAAGUCAAGUUCAACUAUCUUCAAUUCACAGUCACUAUUUGAUCAUUUGUCCUCGAUGGCAACGUUAUGGCGGAGUUCGGGUCAGGGCCUGAUCUUCAGGUUAUCCGCGGGCAAAUAUUGCAGGCAUUGCAAGAGUCCAUAGUGCGGCUCAAAGUGAUCAAGGAAACGUCAGAAAGUCCAGUGUUCGCACAAAGAGUCACUAUUACCGUACAGACUGUCGAAACCGCGUUGAAAGAUCUGGAAAAAUUUUGGGGCCAUAUCAACCGCUACUCCACGGCGUCGGUGCCGCGGUAUCUAAAAGUCCACAUCAUCGACGUGUUUGACGAUGCCCAGCGCAUUCGCCGAAGUACCAUCGAAAGUUUGGAAGAGUUCUGGGUUGUUGACGACGUGCCGGACCGCGACCCGUGUCGAGGGCGACUGUUGAUAUGCAGCCCAAGCCAAGAAAUCCAGCCGCGCCCGGCGAAAUUCACCAUUCGUGCCCGUGAACCCGCGGCGAUUUGUCGGUCCGGACUUGUCGCGUUUCUAGUGAUAUCCAAAAGACGGUUUGAGUUCUCGGCCCGCGACCUUUGCGAUCUCAUCGACCCUUUUGCCGUGUCUCGCGGACCUGAGGAGGUGUCGGUGUUGAAUGAUAGGCUUUUUGAAGACACCCUGUCCUUCCCUUUUGAAGCAGAAGAGAAGGAUGGUUGCUCAAAAAACCCGCUCAUCCUGUGGUCUUCUAGUCAGAGCUAUGCUCUAAAAGUUAUGGAUGGCAGUCGAACCGCGACCCAACUGCUUCGAUUCCCUAGUCCGCCACCAGACUUCAAGACCAGGUUCCAAUACAUGGAAAUAUGGGAACCGCAUAGCUUCCAUCCUUCGGCAACACGCUGUGCAACAUGGGGGGCGAGAUCUCGAGGCCAGUCAGCACAGUGGACGUCAAUCAUGACCUUCGGAGAUACGGAAACGGUUGAUUCCUUUACCCAUAACCUGCAUCGUCUUCUGACAGGAUCUCCGAGCGUUUCUUCGACCCUGGGGACUCACUGGGGACAUGUUCUGAAGUACGUGUUUGCAAUGGGGAUCAACGAUGCUCGCAUGACUCUACGUGCAGCGCUACGUUCGCUCGACAAGCUAAAAUACGAUAAUGCCGCAAAGCCAAAAAUAGGCAGUGCACAUGCGUGCCUAAUGUAUAUGAAUCAUAUGGAUUUUUUCCAGAGCUCGGCAGAACGGCUGCGGGACGGCCUGGUUAAAAUGCCUUCGGAAUGGGCCCUCGGCCAAACUGAAUGGAUGGCUAGGGUGUCGGAUCAACUCUAUGCCUUUGAGGACGAAGUAGUGACGGUCAGGCAUGAAGCCAAACGCGUUCGUCAAAUGAUCAUAGAGCAGCACUCUCUCUUUCAGUCUCGUCAGGCCACGAUCCUCACCGUGCUUGCCUCGAUUUUCAUCCCGCUAAGUUUCGUCGCCAGUUUCUUCGGGAUGAACACUUGGGAAAUCAACGGAUCAUCCUGGAAGUUGAAAUGGUACUUCAUCACGUCCAUUCCCCUCGCGACGAUCACUGUGUUUCUCCCGCUCGUUAUCAUUCCCGUGUUCAACUCGAUCGUCCGCAAGAUGGUGCCAAAAAAGGAAAAUCUCAAGUGGACAUGGAUAGUCAGCACCAUCCUCCUGCUCUCCGUUCGGGAUAUCACUCGUGUGACAGGAUAUGAUGACCUUGCGGACGUCCUCUAUUGGAUAAUUUGGGUUGCGAUCUAUCUACUCGUCAUGCAUCUUUUGCACCGAAUAUACUCAGCAUGGCAAACAGCGAAGAACACGAAAACGAGUCUUAUCUUUAUGGGGAAACAGAAGGUCUGGUGGUUCCUGUUCUGGCUGCUGGCAGCUGGUGCUUUCGUUGCUGGGGUGCAGUUCGUCCCCUUCGUCGAACUCGCCCCCUUUGGCUUGUAUUUUGGCAUCGUAUAUUGGCGCUUGCGAAAUCGACGGUUCGAACACGCUGUCGAAGCGUAGCUUUGAACGGUUAAUGUUAAACGACAAGUGCUUUUCCUGGCCAGUUGCCUGUAUACAGCGAACCUAAUCGUUGAUGUAACCUCGUAUAAAUUCAUUGAUCUAGAGUAAUGUCAUAGCCCGGUAUUCAGCUUCUGAUAGCCUGAAUUCCGGCCUUCCGA